AAAAAAAAAAAAAUAAUUUGCACAAAAUACUUAAUUGGGGUUAUUUUCGUUUCUGUGCGCAAUACAACCUUGACCAUUCAAUUUUAUCAUUUUUUACCCUUUUUCUGUUAAUAUUAUUAUUAAAUAUGUCUGAUAAUAAACAAAUGAAAAAUACAGAAAAUACAAAUGAAUGGAUUAACUGGAUUGAAGAAGCUGUUGAUAAAGAACAUUUAAAUUAUUAUCAAUACAACCAAUUUACUAACAUUCAAGAAAUUGGUACCGGAGGUUUCGGAAAAGUGUACCGUGCAAAUUGGAAAAAUACAAAAAAACAAUUAGCGUUAAAAUCUUUUUUUAAUCUUAAUCACGUCACCAUGAAAGAAAUCGUUAGUGAGUUAAAAAUUCAACGUAAAGUUGAUUUUCAUAAUAAUAUAAUUCGCUGCUGUGGGAUAACAAAAUUUGAAUCAGAAAAUCAAAUUAGCAAUAAUUAUAUGUUGGUAAUGGAAUACGCCGACGGUGCUUACGCUGUAUCAUGCUUGCAUAAUGAAGGAAUCAUCCAUCGUGACUUGCAUUCUGGCAAUAUAUUAGUUCAUCAAAACACGAUCAAAUUGGCAGAUUUUGGGUUAUCAAAAAGAAUUGGAGAAUCAUCCAAUUUCCAAUCCAAAUUAUUUGGGAUGGUUCCAUAUGUUGAUCCGAAAAGCUUUAACAAACGAAGAAAUAAUAAUAAUCAAAUGUUUUCAUUAAACGAAAAAAGUGAUGUUUACAGUCUUGGCGUAUUAUUAUGGGAAAUAUCUAGUGGGAAACCUCCUUUUUAUACUGAAGGUGAACAAUAUGAUGUCAGUUUAAUUUUGGAUAUUUCACAAGGUCAUAGAGAAACGGUUAUUCCUGAUACGCCCGAUGAUUAUGUAGAAAUUUAUACUAAAUGUUGGGAUGGUGAGCCUGAUAAUCGUCCUAUCAUAUAUCAAGUAGUUGAUUUGUUAAAAGCAAUGAUUACAAAAACAGAUAUAAUAACGGAAAAUCCUCAAUUAUCAAAUGAACAAGAAUUUAAUGAGGUCUCCAUAAGUACCAAUAAAUCGGAAUCACAAGGAGAUUUAUCUUAA